AUGUUCAGGGCAACCUGUGCCCUCAGAGUUGGAACUUCUCCAUCACGCUCAGUUCAUAAUGCUGAAGGUCACUUUAUUGCCACGGACAAGGGCAAGGCAGAUGCAAUAAGAGACUGGUUCCUACAGCAAUUCACUGACCCAAAUGGAGAAAAACUAGAACCUUUCCAAGCUGCACUAGAAACUGUACAGAGAUCUUCCACGAGACCUAAUCCACCCUUCUCUAAACUGGGCAUGCCCCUAGAAAUGGAGUAUGCAGACGAUGUGGAUUUCCUAGACGAAGAAAGAUCCACUAGAAAGACUUCUACCUGUUGCUGCCAAAAACCUAAAGGACUCAAACCUGUUCAUGAACGAAGCUCUGCUGAUAUAGAGGCACGUUGCAUCAUGGGUAACAUUGCAUUUCGAUCAUUCUGGAAGAUUUGGAUCCGAAGAUCUAGGACUCCUUUGGCAAAGAAGCUACAACUAUACAAUGCUUGUUGUGUCUCCAUCAUGCUAUAUAACUGCAACAGCUGGGCAACACCAAAGGCAGUUAUAGAGAAGCUUGACAUCUCCCACCGUAAACACCUGCAUGCUAUCACAGGUCAUCAGUGGCCUAAGACUAUGUUCCAGUCUCAGGCUGCUCACUUCAACCCCCUGUUCUACCCCAUCCUACCACCGCAGUUCUACCCCCCGACCUACUUCAUCAUGCCAGACCAGUUCUACCCCCCAUCCCACCCCGUUCUGAGACCCGCCUCCUACUACCCUCCACCCACAAUGAUGGGGAUGAACGAACGCCACGUCCCGUCCGUCCAGGAGGAGAUUCUGGGAGGAAACGCUGUGUCUCCUGUGACACCACCUGAAGGUGGAUGUGUAGAUGAUGGCUGUGUGAUCACUGCUCAGGCUCAUGCCACUGAUGUGCUCACACUCGAACCACCAGCACCAACUGAAUCAGAGCCCGAACCUCAACCCACCUCCAGUCUGCCACCUGAAACUGUGGGCAUUGAGGAGCCUUUGUCCUCCAGAACCGCAAGUCCAAAGGCACUGAUGUGGGGCGAGAUAAUGGACAGCAUCGACCCAAUCCCAUCCAGACCCCCAACUCCAAUGUUACUCCCUUGGGGAGAACUAAUAGAGGAAAUGGGGUUCCAAAAGGAUGAGGGGCAGAAUGGGUCUUGUUCACUACCUCACGAGCUCGCUACUAAGCAAAGCACAUGUGGAGCGAAUACUUUUGAACGCAGUUGGAUCUGGACACGUGAGUCGCAGAGGCAGAUCCAAGAAGUUGAAAACCAGUUAGAGGGGCAAGUGGCUUCCAUUGCCAAAGACCUGGAGCUCAAGUAUAAAGAUACGCUGAAGGAGAACCGACGCACAACUCCCCUCCUGGAGCUAGAGAAAGCGUGUCAGCGGGUGGAGGGCUACAAGAAGGCCAUGGCCUCUCACAGCCAACAUCUCAUGGAGGAGCGUAAGCAGCUGCAGAAGGAACGUGAAGAGCUAGAGGACAAGAAGAAGCGUGCCCUGCAGACUGGAGCAGCUAGACAGGCGCUUCAUGAAGCUCUGCAACAGGAGCAAAAAUGGCAGGAGGGAGCCCAGGUUUUGCUAAAUGAUCUGGAGUACCGGCUGAUGGAGAGGCAGAGUGCCUUCUGCAGCCCGCUGCUGCCCAAGGAACGCAGGAUGGCGAUCGAAAGAGAUCUGCUGGUCAGAGUGGCCAGGGACCCAGUGGGGGUGGAAUUGGGCCUGGAGAAUGACAUCAGGGACAUUUUUAAAAAUGAUAGGCACUGCGCACAGAUGUUGAAUAUGGACAAGAGGAAAAAUGGGCAGUUGAUGUGGCUGUAUCUUAAAUACUGGAGGCUGCAGGUUACACUGCAGAAACACAAGAGAGCAGAGGGCAGGUUGAAAGGGUCACUGUCUGAUGUCAAGUGACCUUAGAAGGACAUUUAGAAAAUUAUAAUGCUUGUUUUGAACCCCCGGAUCUGCCGAUAGUGUGGGGAAGUUCUCAUGGUUUGCACUCCUGCAUAUAGAUGUAUGUAGACUGACAAAGUAAAAGAAACAAUGGUGACACCAUGUUGCUGGUAUCCACUUGUCCCCUUAUAGUGAAGCAUCUCUUCAAAUCAAUCCAAAGUUCUGCUAACUCAUCACCUUUAUCCUGUGAUGAAACCUUCAUCCACGAUGACCCCAUCUCCAUCUACAGAGCACGAGGACUCGCUGAAAGGUUGAUAAAAAGCAAAAUGAUAUAAAUCAUAUGCUAUGGCCAUUUCAAGCCACUCAGACACCUUAGGGAGAUCUUGGACUGGCACAUACCUCUGUCACACUGCGCUCUAUUCCACCAUCACCACACCAUCAUCAAAACACUAUCUGAGGGAAAACCUUUUGGAAGAACAGUCAUCAUCAUUCUGGUACAUUUCCAGAGACUUGUAGAAUCUAUAAUAUGGUGCAUUGAGGGUGUUUUGGUGGCUUAUCAUGACCCAACACCUUACUGAGUCUCCUUUAAUUCGUCACCCAUCUGUAUGUUUCUUUAACUUUGCCUAGUCAAGCAUAUUAAUGAUGUUUUGGGGGAUGGGACUACUAAACCUACUGACAAUCAUUUGAAAAUAAUAAAAUAAUGCUGCUUCUCUGAGUGCAUAGUGCCUUUUCUGUUAUUCAGCAUGAAAUUAUAGUUGUUUUACGUAUUUGUUUUUUAUUCCUACUGAUGUAAAAUCAUCCCUAUAAUGGUAAUCUUUAAAAAU